GUCCUUGCAAAUAGCAGAAGAACUAUAUAGCAGGAUAUCUGAGGAUAUUUUAUUGAGUGAAUCCCAAUAAAUAGUAGUCCUUGCAAAUAGCUGAGGAGUAUAUGAUAUGUGAACAGAAUUACAGCCCUGGGAACAUCAGCUAGCAGGGUACCCUCCUUUUUUCCCAGGGGAGCUAGCGAACUCGUGACUCGUGUCGUGAGCAACUCCAUUGCUUUCGAGUCGCAAUUCAUGGUUCCUUGUUGUGAAGACUGAAGAAUUGUAAUGGACAAUGAUGUUAUGAUUCACUGUGUAACACGAAACAGAUGAAUUCUGAAGGAGCGCCGCCGCCGGCCAACAGCCUCCCCGCUCUCCCACCUCCCCCUAGCAGAUCCCCGACCCUCGCGUCGUCCUCCUGGGCGGCUCGGGGGAGAGGAGUCUUAGCACAGCUGGGAGCCACCACUCGCGGCCGGCUAUGUUCGCGGCGGGCCUUACUCAUCCCCGAAGGUGGGUGAGGAUCCUCUGCUCUAAGGGUGGAGUCCGGAUGAUGGGGCCGCAUCCUCAAGGUCGGUGGUGGCGGCCGGUGGUCACAACCUGCCGCUUUGCAGUUGGGAGGAGGUUCAGCGCGGUGAGGCACCCGCGAUGGCGAAGCUGAUUUGUGAUGUCUUCACCACCGACCCGAGGCGCGGUCUGCUGCGCGGUGAGGUCUUCUGGCUCCGUCAGCACUGCGACACCUUCAUCAGGUUGGCCUUCUCCGCUGAGCGAGGAGUGUAGGAGCUGGUGCCUGCGGGUGCGGCCCAUGGUGGUGCCAGACGGGCUGCUGCUCGGCGACUGUUGGACGCCCGAUGAGCACAGCAGCUGCGUCCGAUUCUUCAUGAUCAGAAGAACUGAAGAAGGCGUGGUCUGCUUUCAGUUCAGCUUGUCAGUUUUCACCCACCUGCCGCCGUGAACCGAGGGCCGCAUCUAGGGCUUGGUCUUCCGCCUUGGGCAUCCAGGAGCAUCCAGACGCCCACCUGCCCCGCCAGGCCAUCACUCCGUGCUUCAACGACAUCGAGCAGGCCAGUUGCUGCAGCAGCUCCAGGUUUAGCUGCAGUGCGUGAUAAGAAGAAGAAGAAGAACAGCAAGUUUGCGUAUCAAUGGUCACUCCAGCUGGAGCACCGACGCAAUCUUGGCUGGAGAAGUGGAGUGAAUGGGAGAUCCAAGCUGUUGUUGUUGUCAGCUUCAGCCUGCAGGUUAUCCUCUUCUUCCUCGCAGGGAUCCGCCGGUACAGUGUCUCAUCUGUUCUCAAGGUCUUUCUCUGGCUGGUAUAUCUGCUUGCUGAUACCGCUGCGAUUUAUGCCCUGGGGCACAUGUCUGCGUCAUUGUCGAGAACAUCAUCUGACAAGCACCAGCUGGUAGCGUUCUGGGCGCCGUUCCUCCUGCUGCACCUCGGCGGCCAGGAUACCAUAACCGCCUAUGCGCUGGAGGACAAUAAACUCUGGCUGCGCCACCUGCUAACUAUGUUUGCGCAGGUCGCCGGCACCGGGUAUGUGCUCUACAAGCACAUGAUUGCAGACAGAGCGAGCCUUGUAUCUGCCGCUGUGCUCGUUUUGGUGGCAGGAUUUGUCAAGUACGGCGAGAGGAUAUGGGCACUCAGGUGUGCAAGCAAGGGUUCCGGUGGGCCUAAUCCGCCUGUUCCGAAACUAAAUUACGAAGCGAGUGACUGCUUCACUAGAAAUAAAAAAUUUAGAACUUAUGCAUUUAUUGUGAAGACAGCGCACAGAUUGAAGUAUGCAUUUGUCAAGCCUUUAAUCAUAUACAGGAAUUCGAUAUCCGUACCUUGGAAUGAUGAAAAAUUAUUCUAUCCAAUAACCCAUGUAGAUGAAUAUAUUGGAACGGAAGACAAAUCGGCACAGGAGAAGAGUUGUAUGGAGGUGGUGUAUAGAGAAAUCGAGGUGGAGCUGGCCCUGACUUACGACAUGCUCUACACCAAGGCAGAAGUGAUCCACAAAUGGUAUGGCUACCUCAUCCGUGGUAUUUCCUCUGGGUUUUGCUUCGGUGCUCUUCUUGCCUUCACAAGAAGCAAAAGGGAUCGUUAUUCUACACCCGAUACUGUUAUCACUUUUGUUCUUUUGGGUGGAGCUUGCGCACUGGAGGUCGCAUCAGCUUUCAAGGCGAUUGGGUCAACCUGGACAUAUGCCAUCCUCGUAGCCCACAGAUGGAAGUGGCUGGCCAAUGCAAUUCUGUUUGCACGUUACCACUUCAUCGUCCUCAAAGAUGGAAGGUGGUCCAAUUCCGUCGGGCAAUAUGACUUCUUAUCCUUUUGUGCCAGCGGCAAGACCCUCAAGGGAAGAAUUGCCGGAUGGAUUGGGCUGGAGGACUGGUGGAACAAAGCUCACUACACCAAACAUGCCAAGCUGUCACCUGCCCUCAAGGAGUUUGUAUGGGGCUUGCUCAGAGGUGAGAAGAGUAAUAUGGUACAGAUUGAAGACAUGGCCACUCGGAGUGGGUUUUGGGAUCGCAAGUUCAGGGGCUUCAACCAAAGCGAAAAGCUUGAUUGGAGCUUGAGGUUGGAAUUUCAUUAUUGUGUGUAUAUCUGGCACAUAGCCACAAGCACCUUCCUCAGCGACCCUGUUGUCAGAUCAGAGCUGGUCGACCAGGGCAUGGCCGAAGCGAUCAAUACUCUUUCUGACUACAUGAUGUACCUACUCGUCCAGCACCCUGACAUCGUGCCCAUGAAUGUAGCUGCUCGUAGCCUGUUUAAGCAAGCAUACCGCAUUUUUGUCCGCGAAUUUAACCGUAAGAAGCAUACUAUGGAGAAAGGAGCCCUGGAUAUGUGGCCAUGGAGUCGAGGGCUCUAUCCCGUGGGGAGCGGGGGCUGCGGAAGCUCCUCAAGGGGAAGCUAUUGGGCCUUGCCUCGCUUGAGAGGACGAUCGCUCGCCAGCGCUCUCGGAUAACGUGGCUGAGUGAGGGGGA